UCUUGGAACUGGGACAAGCACAACACACGUUCCUGCGCAAUGGACAAAUUGGGACAGAUCAUCUCCUUGGGCCAGCUUAUCUACACACAGUGUGAAGAAAUGAGAUACUGCCGACGACAAUGCCAGCGUCUAGGGAAACGCGUGCACGGCCUGCUGCAGCCCCUGCAGGGGCUCCAGGACCAAGGAAAGAACCUGUCUGCUGAUGUAAUGGCUUCCCUGGACCAUUUUGAGGCUGUCUUGAAGGAAGCUAAGAGGCAGAUAGAAAAGUUCAACAAUAAAUCCAGCAUCUGGAAGUUUAUAACUGCGGGCAAUGACAAGGUAGCCUUCCGGGAAGUGAACGGGAGGCUGAGGGAUGUCUAGGAGGAGCUCUUGCUGCUGCUUCAGAUUGAUCAGCGGAUGCUUGUUUCAAACAUCAGCCAAGGAGCAGUGUGGCCGCAGGAAGACCAGCAGGAUGCAGAGGAAGAUCAGUGAGUCUUUCAAAGGCUGAUAAGAGAAUAUGAACAUAUGCAUGCCCUCUUGAUGGGGUUGAAAAUCAGUGUUAAAGAAAUCCAGGAUACAUUGAAUCAGUCUUUGGAAUAGUCCUCUGGGAAAUUGCCACUGGGAAGAUCCCAUUUGAAGGUAAAGAACCUGAAGGCUGGCUCUGCUGGAGUUGGAUUGGGCUGUGAUUCUAAGAAGAUCUAUGAGCUGGUAGCUGAGGACCAGAAGCAAGAGCCAGUGGGCGAAGACUGCCCCUCAUUGCUUCGGGGGAUCAUUGAUGAGUGCCGGGCCUAUGAGCCCUCUGCAAGGCCUUCUGUUGAUGGAAUCUUAGGGAAGCUGUCUACUUUUAACUAAGCUGUGUACUGAAACCCAAACCAAGGAGUUCAUGGACAAAAAGCUGCGAGAGGCACAAACUGGAGAUUUCUCUUUCAUAUCUUUUGAUCUAUGGAUGGGUGCAAAGAAGAUCUUCCUUUUUACAAAUAGAAAUCAAUUCUAGCUAGAUGGAACACA